UGGGAUCAUUUCGGGUCCUGUACAGAACUCUGACCUACCGCCGUAACUCGCCAUACAACACAUAUAACCCUACUGUUCCCCAAGUUCAUGCUCAAAAUACUGAGUGAGAAUAGCAUUUACAAGGAGUAUGAGAUUAUUACGUCUUUACACCGAUGGACUUGCGGCUUACGAUGAAUUUGUGUGCAUAGAAUAAGUUAAUCCAGUCAUAACUAAAGAAGGACGUAGCGACACAAUUGAACGGAGCUAAACUGGAUUCUAGCCUGCGAGACACAAAGAAGUAAAGCAUCGGUACAGAUCUUAACGGUAAUCCAGCAUGAUCAGUUUUCUACGAAGUGUCUUCGUCCUCAGCCUUGGCCUAGGCCUCGUAACUAUGGCAACUGUCACAUUUUACUUUUAUCUAGCCAAUCAGCAUCCAUCUCAACACGUCAUCUCUCUAGACUACCCAGACGACUACAGCACUAUCAAGGACACUGAUCUUACCUACUCUCCUUUCCCUAGCGACAAAAUCCUGAACAUUACCACCCAGCUGCUACCUCAUCCUCGUAGUCACGUGGUCACCAAUAGCAGUCACGUGAUCACUUUAUUCGCGUGUGCUAGGGGAUGCGCCCAAGAAAAGAAGUACGGAAUCGUUUACCAGUACUUGAAGAUUGUCCUUGUGUGUCAACAUUUAGACACGCCUGGUUACUUUUGUAAAACAUGGAGCUGGGAUCCGGCGAACUGGACUCUGGAAUUUUCGGAUGUGCUCGAACCACCAAUCGUGUAUAAUGGCUAUCUUAUUUGCGCAUAUCCGAUAAAAACGGAUCGCGUUCAUCGAAUAGUACACGUUAAUGGAACAAUAGAACUUCCAGGAUGCAGCCCAAAGAGGAACUCAUGUACAACGAUCGACCCGUAUUUCGAUACACAGUUGCGCAUGCGCAUAAAUUGGAGUCCGUGCUGUCGUGCAUUGAAUAUCAAGUUGCUUAGCGACACCACUGACCUAUUUGAGGCUCAGGGUGUAAGAUACGUUUUAAUUGGUGGAGCGUGUAUAUCGGUUGCGCGGGAAAAUGGCAGUUUCAUACCUUACGACACAGACCUCGAUAUGAUGAUCUUUAUAAAAGACCGCGAAAAAUUGCGAAACGUUACUGCGCAUGCGCUCAGAAAACUCGGGUAUUACUUGACGUGGCAUCGUCACGGCUCGUACGUACGAUUUUGCGUGAAUUCAUUCUGUGAUGCGCACAUUGAUGCGUGGUUUUACGAGUUUUUACCAAAUAAUCGAAACAGGGUUCGCUAUCACGGUAUGAAUUGGUGGGAGGUGCGUGAGGGAAUGAUUUUCCCAACCAGCCGGAGGUAUUUUGAAGGGAAAUUGUACAGGUUUCCUAGAAAGCUGGAAAGUUACUUGGAUCAUGAAUACUCCACGGGUGUGAUGGCGGGGUACAAGAAUUGGAGGGACGUGUUUUUAUGUAAUUAUAAAAUGGGACGAAAGUGUACACAUUACGCGGAGGCAGUGAAAAAGAAGAAAAGAAAGAAAUAUGAGUAAACACUCAUUUUAACCUUACACCUUUAUUUAAACUUUUAUAAAAAAUAAUAAUAAAGAACGUACUACAUAGGUGCGGUUAUGCUCUAACAUUAUGUUAUAUAAUUACAGUAAAUGUUGGAAAAUUCGCGGGUCUUGGGGUCCAAGGGUUAAAUCCGCGAUUUAAUAAACCGUCAGCGGGUAUUUUGUAGUUAUUUUGUAUGUAAAUUAGUAGUAUUUUGGGGGGUCAAAAAAACCUCGGGGUCCAAGACCUUAGAUCGCGAAUUUUCAGGUUCGCGAAUUUUCCGGUCGCGAAUUCUCCAUUAUUGUUAUUACGGCGCUUUUACACAGGGAGGUUAUGCUAACUAAACUAGUAACCAAUUGUGAACGCGUAGACUUUGCGUGUGAUAUUUCUGCUCGACUUCCCACGUAUACUGUGAAAAUACAGCACUACACUACACUACUUAGAUACAGUCAAAACGGUUAUACCAGUCAAACCAGCUAUAUCUCGUUUUCCUGGUAAAACUACUACACUAUACUGCUUAGAUAUAGUAAAACUCUUUACACCGUU